GUUAGCCACUUAGCUGGUAGGUCGCGUCAUCAAUGUUGGGCUGUGGCACACUGACCUGUUUGUUAAAUUUGUAUAUAAGAACAGCACAUGCAUCAGUUGUUUCAUAAACAACUGCAGAGAAUUUCGAGGGUGUCUCAUGCAUGAGAUUUUGGGUGGAACACACUAUUUACUAAUUAUAUAGCUUUGGGAAGGUUUAUCAACAAAAUUGUUGUAAUUGGGUUGCAUCUUGUAAGCAAUCUCGUGACCAUCUGAACAACUCGUACAGAUCUUUUUUUAGGUUGCGACAUUGUCUAAACUUGCGACCUUCGCUCUUUCUAUGUGUAUGUCAACUUGUUUUUCUAAUAAGUUACCAUGUUUAGUAAAUAAAGUUUUCUAGUCUGAUUAUACAUAUUUUACAGUUACCUGCGUCGCCCUGCAGCGUCGCUGAACUUUGGUACUGUACCUUUCUAAGUCAAUCUCAAGUUUCUCAACCACGUAAGCAUUUCCCAGUGCUGUAAUAUGCAUGCAGUAUAUCCAAUUGCACAGUAUUUUGAUAGAGGCAGUAACCAGAUAAGUUUCCUCGUAAUUUAAAUCGAAGAUAAGAACAGAAAACACGAAUGCGUAAAAGUUUUAGAUAUUUUCUUGGUGCGAUUUUUAUUUCUCAAGAAUGUUAGAUAGAUAUAUGGUUAUUAAGUAAAAUCAAUAUACAAGUUUACAAUGAUUCCGUAGGUGUACAACAUUCAUUAACUGCUGUAGUUACAAACAAUUACAUAUACGUACUCUACUUAUACUAGUAUUCUAUAGCACACAGUAUAGGAAUAUAAAGAAUAUAUAGAUUUCAAUAAUACAGAAAAUGAUAUGGUAUAAUACAAAUAAAAAAAAAUACACAUAGACUACUGUACUUAUAUACAAUGUACACAGUGUCGGUAUACAUAAACAAUGUAGGUAUACAAACAAUCUGCAGUACGUAGACAGUGAAGUUAAGCUAUGAAUUACCAUGCAGAUGACCGUUUAUUAGGGGCAAAUAAAUAUUUCAAGUCUUGGUAUCCGGACCCAGAUCGCCCUCUUGUAUCCCAUGAAAUAUACUACCAUAAGUUUUAUGAUAUAUCUUAUACUGUGCAUUUCGAGGACUAUCAGCAAAUGUUCCACGAAGGCUCCAUAAUUCCCAACCCCAUUAUUGGCAAGAAAUUCUCCUACGCGUUAGAAGCUAAUGAGCAAUUGAUACAGUUUGUCGUGUCUUCAACGGGUCACAACAAAUAUGGCAACAUCAGCUUACUUAUUAACUUGAAUGAAUUACUGUGUUACUUGCAGAUUCAAGGUGGUUUUUACACUUACCUUUUGGAGAUAGUUGAAUACCCAUCUGUUAGUGUUGCUAAACUGAUGUUCUCCCACCUCCAGUUUGAAGACAUACCUAAAUAUGAUGCAUCCAAGCUAGGUAAUCCCUGGUACAGGGAUCCACAAGGCAACAACUACUGUUCUUUCAGCACCAGAAGAUUUCAAUAUUUUGGGGAGAAUGAAUAUGAUACUGAGUUGGAGUUUCACUUGCAACUGACAAAUGGUCAAUGUAAGGAGCUGUACAACAAAUGCAGAAGAGAACCAGUGAGUCAUUAUGAAGCUAACCUAGAAGAGCCUUGUAAAUGUAUGAAGUACAGACUAGGUCGUCGGGAUAGGUGGCAGAAUUGUCCCUCACCCUGGAAGAGUAAGGAAACAGCUCUGAAAAUGUAUGAGCUACAGGAAGAAAUUAAACCUGAUGGCAAAGAUGUUAUCUAGGUGUGUGUGUGUAUAUAUAUGCAAGUAAAUCACUGUAGGUGCGCGUGAUCUAGGUAUAUCGAGCAAAAUAACGGAGAUCAAUUUAGCAUUAAUUUUGAUUUAACAGAAACGGGUAGCUCGAAUUAGUUUGUUAAAUCGAGAAAGUACCGGGUAUUUAUAUAUAUAUAUUGCCUAAGUUUAUUAAGGACUCUCAUGCAUUGUAUACAAUUGCUUACUUUAAAACCCUCCCCUUUCUCAAAGAUAUAUUUGUGUUUCUUUAUAUGGAACUUUUGGUUGUUGGUUAGGUUUUGAAGCUGUUAAAAUAUUCUUUUUUCUUUUCUCACAUAUAUGCAGGUACAUAUUUGAUUAACAUUUUGUGGAGAAUGUGCUUCACAAACACAACUUUAGUUCCUGCAAGUAUCAUAUUCUAUCACAUUUACUUCUAAAUAUACUGUACAGUACAUUAAUGCAUUUUUAAACUGUACAGUAUAGUAGAGCCAUGUUAUAAGAGAUAGUUUUAGAAAAUAGGUUUGAGUAAAGUAUCAAUCAUGAUAAGUGUAUUGAACAAUCAUGAUAAAGAAUUUCUGUUAUGGGGCCAUCCAAAAUAUGUCAUAGACUUUGUGAUAAUUUCACUGUAUGAUGUCAGUGUGUGUCUGUAUAACUUUAUGUAUAGUCAGUAAAAGUAUCAACCACUCUGCUUUGUGUAACAAUAUGAAACGUUAUGCAAAAAUUGUAAACCUAUACCUGUGGCUACCAGCGUCAGUUGGUUGUUGUUGUUCAUUUUCUUAUUCCAUCGACCUUGAGGUGGUUGAUGUUUAUUUUACUGACUCAUGUGAUUAAAAGAUUCCCUUGUGUAACUGUUCCUUCACAGCUUUCUAUCUUACCUGUAACUGAAAAAAUGAUGCUGUACCAUCUUGAUUCUAUGGCUGACCUUAACUUUCUAACAGUAAGUGUCUGGUUCAUUAUUAAAGGCAAAUAUAUUUAAGCAAUGACCA